CUUGUUCCGACUAGUAUUUGAACGAGGCACUUAGCCUACCUGCAAUGGCGAUUUCCGUCAUUGGUGCAGGUUGAAAGUUGCUCAUGAGAAGUCAACAUUAACCUAAAUGUAGCAGGCGUAAAAUUAACCGUCCCCAUAGGCAAUUGGCUUUCAAGACAUAGGGUAACAUAUUUGGUUGGCCGAUGUUCCUAUUUAUUGCAGAAAUUUAAAGAGACAUCCUUAAACACAUCCUGCACAAUGGCCGACAGCGGGAAGACUGUGCCCAGUACAGCCACAACCCAGCCAACUAAUGGAGACCUGCAGAGUGUUGUGUCCCGRGUGGGCAGCAUACCCCUGGUGAGCUCUGCGUGUGGUGUAGUGUCCAACGCCUACAGCAGCACUAAGGACAGCGUGCCCCUGCUGAAGGGGGUCAUGGAGGCUGUCGAGAGCGGGGUGCGCACUCUUGGGGCAGCCACCACAACCGGCUCCAAGCCACUCCUGGACAGACUGGAGCCACAGAUUUCUGUGGUGAAUCAUUAUGCUAUGAUGGGACUGGACAAGGUGGAAAAACUGCAAAUCCUCCAGCAGCCAGCUGAUAAGCUAGUUUCAGAUACAAUAGGCAUGAUGUACCAGUCGAUGAGUGGGACAAAGGAGGCUAUGACUGGGGCUGUAACCGGGGCCAAAGAAACCAUGACUGGGGCUGUAAUGUCGGCAGUGUUCGGGGGUGUGGAGAUGACCCAAGCAGCAGCCAGUGGAUUGUUCAGCUCAUUCAUGGUGACCGGUGUGGGCCAGAUGGUCAGCAGUGGGGUGGGCCUGGCCCUCAGCCACUCUGAGAACUGGGUGGACCAUAACCUGCCUCUCAGCGACAGAGAGCUGGCUGCUUUGGCGGAGCCUGCAACAGGUGAGGUGACUACUGCACCAGUGGUGGGCUCUAGCUACUUUGUCCGUCUGGGAAAGCUGUCCUCCAAGGUGCAGGAGCGGGCCCUGGAGCAGUCCCUGGUAAGAGCCCGGCACGCCAGAGAUGCCACAUACGCAACUUUGACACAGAUCACCAGCACCUUGGACCUGCUGGAGAAAGCCCGCUCCACCCUGGCCACUGCCAACCACCAGCUGGGAGGGGCACCAGAGCAGCUGCUGCAGCGCUGGAAGGAGUGGCAGGAGAAACAGCCUAAAGAUGGAGGGGUAGAGAUGGGGGAGGUGGAUGUUCCCAAAGACCAGACUGAGCAGUUGGAGUGGCGAACCCUCUCGAUGGUGCGUMGUCUCAGUGACCAGUUGCGGUCUGCAUGCUCUGGGGUGGUGUCCAGCGCCCAGGGCUUACCCGGUGCUGUCCAGGACCAGCUGGCAAARGCACGGAAAGCGGCUGAAGAACUGCACUCCUCCCUGGGSAACACUAGCACCCUCACACCCCCCCUCCUGGAGCAGACCCGUCACCAUCUAACACAGGUGCGACAGUCUCUGGAUGGUGUCGUAGAGUAUCUGCUCAAUAACACUCCUCUCAACUGGCUGGUGGGACCCUUUGCACCCCAGAUCACAGAGAAGGGGGAGGGCGGGCGGGCUGGCUGCGAAUAAGAGGGCCUCUCAGAACUAGGAUUAGAGGAGGACCGAGAGGUUGUAGAUUACUCCAAAAAGGCUUGUGCUUUUCAUCUCCGAGGCCUGGCAUGCCUGCAUCUUUUUGUACAGUGCAGUAAAUGUGCUUUCUAAGAACUUACUGCCCGCAUCCAUAAGCUAUGGUAAAAAAAAAAUGUGUUUUUUUGUUAACUUUAUUUAACUAGGCAAGUCAGUUAAGAACAAUUUCUUA